AUGUCUUCGAACCCGUGCAAGCAUGGCGACCGAGAGAAGGAUCAGAAUAAUAAUUUCGUUAACGCCACCGCCCACGGUGGAGCGGGAAUAGAUCGAGAGGCGCGGGCCCGUCGUAUUGCGUCCCGAUCGGCCAGAGAUGCUCUCCAUCAGCAAAUGUUUCGGGGAGCAAGAACGCAGCAACAGUACCACAACCAGCAGCACCAGCAGCAGCAAUCCGGUGGCAGUCCGCGCGGCGACAAAGACACGGCAGCCAGUACGGGGUGUAACGGAGGGGGAUCACAAGUGACGGCUAAAGUCAUAUGGGGCAAUGUCAGUGCCAUCAAGGAGCUCCGUGAACAGGAGCAAAACGAACGACAACUCGGUGCUCGCGCCGCGGGACGUCGACAGUGA